GUGAAAGCAAUGGUUUUAUUAUUGAAAUUAAUAAAGUUAAAACCAUUUCUCAGCUUAGAGAUAUAAUAAAAAAUGACAAAAAAAAGAACACUUUUGCCAAUAUCGACGCCAAUGAACUCACAUUAUUUAAAGUUAACAUAUCUGAAAGCAGAAAAUGUGAUAUUCAUCCAGGAAUCGAUAUUAAACGAGAUUUUGGAGGCGUAGAAUUGGUCAAUGAUUUUGAUUCUGUUGAGGAACAUUUUGGUGUAAACCCUGCUGAAAAGCAUAUUCAUAUAAUUAUAAAACCACCUACAAAUAUUGCGAGAUCUUUUCAACAAGGCUAUACACAAGUUACACCACUUGAGCCCGAUAUUAUUUUCAAAGAUUUCCUAAAUAGUGAACAUGGUCAAUUUCUCAAACAUUACAUAGAAAAAAAUGACCAAUUACCAUCAUAUAAUUCAAAAAUACCACUUAAAACAGCAGUGCCUGUUACUUAUUCAGGUGAUCGGCCUUCACUCCUACUAUACAAUCUUCCUGGAGCAGCGUGCAAGGGGAACGGGGGCUCAAGUGAUAUUGAAGCAAUCGAGAACUACCUUUUAAAUAAGAUGACAGAUAAUUUUGAAGAAAACCGCAAUAAGGCAAUUCAUAUU